CGCCAUAGUCGUAGAGCGUUGCUGGGCGGUACAUUACAUGUGAGAUAAGAGAACCCAUCCAUAAACAUCUCCACUCCAAUUAACUGCUUUUGACUCCAUAACAAUGAAACCUAACGGAUCAUCAUCAUCAUCAUCGCCGUCGCUAACAUCGCCCAUAAUUGAGCACAAAGCCUUUGCUCGCAUCGGACUUCUCGGUAACCCCAGCGACGUCUACUACGGCCGUACAAUCUCCCUAAACAUCCAAAACUUCUGGGCUACUGUUCGUCUACAACCCUCUUCAGAUCUCCAAAUCCUCCCUCAUCCCACUCACGAUCUCGUUCAAUUCACUUCAAUUUCUCACUUAGUGAACAGGUUGGAAAAUGAAGGUUAUUAUGGUGGUGUAAGGCUGUUGAUGGCAACUUGUAAAGUUUUUAAAACUUACUGUAAAGAACAGGGGAUUCAUCUUCACGAUGGCAACUUUUCGCUUUCGUAUGACACCAACAUCCCUCGUCAGACAGGGCUAUCUGGUUCAAGUGCCAUUGUAUGUGCUACAUUUAGCUGUCUUCUUGACUUCUACAAAGUCAGAGAUAAGAUUGCUGUUGAGAUAAGGCCACAGCUUAUCCUAAACGCCGAAAAAGAACUUGGAAUUGUUGCUGGUUUGCAGGAUAGAGUAGCACAAGUUUAUGGGGGGCUGUUAUACAUGGAUUUUAACAAGGAGAGCAUGGAUAAAUAUGGUCAUGGCGAUUACACGCAGUUAGAUACGAGUCUUCUCCCGCCUUUGUAUCUCAUCUAUGCCGAAAAUCCAAGUGAUUCCGGGAAGGUGCAUAGUGCGGUUCGACAAAGAUGGUUAGAUGGAGACGAGUUCAUAGUAUCGUCAAUGGAGGAAGUUGCUAACUUAGCUCUUGAAGGGAAAACAGCAUUGCUUGAAAAGGAUUAUGCUAAACUUGCUACCCUGAUGAAUCGAAACUUCGAUUUACGAAGGAGGAUGUUUGGUGAUGCCGCCCUUGGUUCGCUUAACAUAGAGAUGGUAGAGGUGGCUAGAAGAGUAGGUGCGGCGUCAAAAUUCACAGGCAGUGGCGGUGCGGUGGUGGCGUUUUGCCCUGAUGGACCGUCACAAGUUGAACUUCUGACUGAUGCUUGUAAGAAAGCGGGAUUCUCCAUUUUACCUGUGAAAGUUGUACCGUCACUUCUCAAUGAAAUUGAUAUCAGAAGUCAGUCAUCCAAAAAUGCAUAGGCAUGACAACAAUCCCCAAAACAAAUGUGAUUUCUUUACUUUGUGUUCCAUGUUCUUUGGGAUGUUCUUGUUAGGUACAAUGAAAUUGGUCUUGAUCCAGAAGAUUCUAAUAUCCUAGAUAGUGAAAUUUUCUGAUAGCCAACAACAUCAUUAGUCACUCUAUUUAUCUAAGCAUGAAUUUUGUUUCGGA